CGCCAGUGCCCAUUUCCAGCGGAACGCAGACAAGGCUGGCUCCAUUCAUUCCAAUUUAUCUUAUUAUUUUAUUUUAUGCAAAAUAAGGGCUUUAUUUCUUUCAGUGCAUUUCCUCCACACGGAUCACUGGACCCGUGCAAAGCCACUGGGAAAAAAUAAUCAAUCUCCAACCAUUCCAGAGAAAAGGAGACAUUAUAUUUGAUGCCUGAGGUUUUGCUCUCUGCAUUUCGUUGCAAAUUAAAGGAUUGCUUUGAAUCUGCGAAGGGACAGCCAGAAAAGAUAAAAGUAACAUCUGCACACUUACAACGUGGGAGCCUUCUGUUUUCUAUACACUGUUAAUGCGUCUGCUGGUGAAUGUUUUAGCCUUGUUGUGGUCGAGACUGAUUUCGGUGUCCGUCUUUGUUUGUCAAAGGGGGUGGGGGACAAUGCUUUGAAACGAAGAGGCCGAGCUGAAUAGCCAGUCUCCACCGUCUGAUGUGCAUCGGUGUUCUCCAUGAAGCAUCUGGCGCUGCUCCCUCUCCCAGCCUUCAGAGUAGAAGCGAUUACCACGUUUCGCCCGCCGGUUCUGCACGCUCCGCCCAGCAUAGGACAGGCGAUCAAUGGUCAUUUCUCUUCCUCCUCUCAGUUAUAAGGAUGAAGAAUUUAAAGAAACAUAACUACUACCCAGGAAGGAAAGGGAAAGGGUGAUAACUAAAGAGAGAAAAUAGACCGUCGCUUUCCAGGACUAUAACAAAAUAAAAACAAUCCCUGAAGUUUCCUGGGAUCCGAACCACCGACUCUGUGGAUCGUUUAUUGUGGACUUAACUCACGGAAUCGAACCUUCUUGGGACGGUUUGUUGCAUUGUUUUAUGCCCUAGCAUUGCAAAAACGGUCAGCUUUCAUCUUAACCAGUCAAUGUUUGUUCAGUGGCGAGAGAUGGAACCGACUCCCGGAAUCUUUUCUACCUAAAUCUACUUGGGGAUCUCCGGUGGCUGAUGACAAGGGAAUAUCUCGAGAUUACUGUCCUAGUGUAAAAAAGGAGCGGCGUUGCAGAAAAAUAAUAGAGAGAGAGAGAGAAGAGGGCUGGGAUUUUGGGAUUGGCCUUGCAGUCAAUGGAAGGGGAGAGCAUUUGACGCGGUGGGUGAAUCAAGAAAGGCAAACAAACCCAAAAUAAUCCACCUGAAAGUUGGGUGAUACAGGGAAGACGUGGUGGUGCGAGGAUGGCGAAGCAGUUGAGCUCGGCCUGAUCCAAGGAGAGAAGGAGGGAGCUCGUUUUGGCUGGCCGCGGAGAAGUUGCGGAGACAAAAAAAAAGAGGGUUCCCGGGACCAUGUCGAGGGCGAACAGUGUGAGCCCACCUGGCGUCGGAGCGCAGCAGCCGGCCGAGCACCGUGCGGCUUGGGCAGAGGGUAGCCCCGAGUCCCGAGCCAACGGCGCGCCGACCUCCGGCCACAGCCGCGACAAGCGCUGGAGGGAGGUGGGCGAUCUGGACGGUCCGGCCGCCUUGGCGGGCAAGAGCUGCCGGACCAGCCUGAGGUCCAAGCCGGCUUGGCAGGAGGAGGUGGGCAGGGAGAGGGCGGCGGGCAGCAGCCGCAGCAGCAACGUGGUCCGCCUGGACGGCGAGGUGAGACCCAGGUCGGUGGAGGUGGGGCUGGAGGAGAGAGCCCGCUCCCGGCUGGCCGACGUGGACUUCUCGGCCUCGGAUGUGGACCUGUCCUUCGCGGGCUGCUGCCACGGCCUCCUCCGCAUCCUCCAGUCCAAAAAAUUCCAGUCGGAGAAGCUGGAGAGACUGUACCAGCGCUACUUUUUCCGCCUGAACCAGAGCAGCUUGACCAUGCUGAUGGCCGUCUUCUUGCUGCUCUGCGGGGUCAUGCUGGCCUUCUACUGCGCCGCGGGCGGCCGCCAUCUGGCCUACCUGUUGGUGUUGGGGUCCUCCAUGCUCCUCACCCUGCUGUUGAUCCUGCUCUGCAACCGCAACGCCUUCCACCAGGACCACAUGUGGGUCAUCUGCUACCUGGUGGUGGCCGUUAUGCUGGCGGUGGAGAGCGUGGGCGUGCUGCAGGUCGAGCCCCGCGCCGCCUCCGAGGGCGUCUGGUGGACCGUUUUCUUCAUCUAUAUCAUCUACACCCUGCUGCCCAUCCGCAUGAGAGCGGCGGUGAUCAGCGGCAUCCUCCUCUCCGCCAUCCACCUGGGCAUCUCGUGGAAGAGAAACCUAGCCGACUCCUUUCUGUGGAAGCAGUUGGUCUCCAAUGUGCUGAUCUUCUCCUGCACCAACAUUGUUGGCGUCUGCACCCAUUACCCAGCCGAGGUGUCCCAGCGGCAGGCGUUUCAGGAGACACGAGAGUGCAUCCAGGCACGGCUACACUCGCAGAAAGAAAACCAACAACAGGAACGUCUCUUGUUGUCAGUGCUGCCGCGUCACGUUGCCAUGGAAAUGAAGGCCGACAUUAAUGCAAAGCAGGAGGUUAUGAUGUUUCACAAGAUUUACAUACAGAAGCACGACAAUGUCAGCAUCCUCUUUGCAGACAUCGAAGGCUUCACCAGCCUGGCCUCGCAGUGCAUGGCUCAAGAGCUGGUCAUGACCCUCAAUGAACUCUUCGCCAGAUUCGACAAGCUCGCAGCAGAGAACCAUUGCCUACGUAUCAAGAUCCUGGGCGAUUGCUACUAUUGUGUGUCGGGCUUACCCGAAGCCCGGGCUGACCACGCUCACUGCUGCGUCGAAAUGGGGGUGGAUAUGAUUGAGGCCAUCUCGUUGGUGCGAGAAGUGACAGGAGUGAAUGUUAACAUGCGAGUGGGGAUUCACAGUGGUCGAGUGCACUGUGGGGUGCUGGGACUUCGCAAGUGGCAGUUCGAUGUCUGGUCAAACGAUGUCACCUUGGCCAAUCACAUGGAAGCAGGAGGCAAGGCUGGGCGAAUCCACAUAACCAAAGCCACGCUGAACUACCUGAAUGGGGAUUACGAAGUGGAGGCAGGUUACGGAGGCGACAGGAAUGCUUAUCUGAAGGACCACAAUAUUGAGACCUACCUCAUCAUGGGCUGCAGCCAGAAACGGAAGGAAGAGAAAGCGAUGAUUGCGAAACUGAACCGGACACGGUCCAACUCAAUAUCCAACCUUGGCUCACCGUGGAACGUGGAACGUCAGUUCUACAACCACAUCUCCAAAGAGAUGAAGACAAUGGGCAUUGUGGACUACAUGGCCAAGGACAACAGAAACAUUCAAGAAAACAUGAACCCAGAGGAGGAGGUGGACGAGUUUCUGGGACGAGCAAUCGAUGCCAGAAGCAUAGACCGGCUGCGUUCUGAGCACGUGCGGAAAUUCCUGCUAACCUUCAGGAAACCAGAGCUGGAAAAGAAGUAUUCUAAGGAGGUGGAUGACCGAUUUGGUGCCUACGUAGCCUGUUCCUGCCUGGUCUUCCUCUUCAUCUGCUCUAUUCAGAUAAUCAUUAUGCCCCACUCCGUGUUGAUGCUGAGUUUCUACUUGUCCUGUUUGGUGAUUCUGGCCAGCGUGCUCUUUGUCUCCACCAUCUACUGCUGCGUUAAGCUCUUCCCUGUCCCACUGCAGCUCUUGUCAAAGAAGAUCGUCCAGUCAAAGAUGAACAGCACCAUCGUUGGGGUCUUCACCAUCUCGCUGGUCUUCCUGUCUGCCUUUGUCAACAUGUUUGUCUGCAACACCCAGGAUCUACGGAGCUGUGUGGCCAAAGAGUUCAACACUACCCCUAGUAAUGUCAAUGCCUGUCACAUUGUCAAUUCAUUCUCAAACUACAGUCUGGACUUGGAAACAGCAGUCUGCAAUGGCAAACAACCCAGCUGCAACUUCCCUGAGUACUUCACCUACUGUGUGCUGCUGAGCUUGCUGGCUUGCGCUGUAUUCCUACAGAUCAGCAGUAUCGGAAAGCUGUUCCUCAUGUUGACCAUUGAGCUGAUUUACAUCAUAAUGUUGGAAGUGCCUGGAGUCACCCUUUUUGACAAUGCAGACCUGCUGAUCAUUGCCAACAGUCUCGUCCCCUCGAAUGAAACGUGGACUUGUUCGCCGAGAUUCUCGAAAGUGUCCCUGAAGAUCAUGACUCCAGUUAUAAUCACGGUGUUUGUCCUGGCUCUUUACCUCCACGCACAGCAGGUGGAGUCGACAGCCAGGCUUGACUUCCUGUGGAAGCUGCAGGCCACAGAAGAGAAAGAAGAAAUGGAGGAGCUGCAGGCAUACAAUAGACGCCUUCUUCACAACAUCCUGCCCAAAGACGUAGCCGCCCACUUCCUCGCUCGCGAGAGGCGCAACGACGAGCUGUACUACCAGAGCUGUGAGUGUGUGGCGGUGAUGUUCGCCUCCAUCAGCAACUUCUCCGAGUUCUACGUCGAGCUGGAGGCCAACAAUGAAGGUGUGGAGUGUCUCCGGCUCCUGAAUGAGAUCAUCGCUGACUUUGAUGAGAUCAUCAGCGAAGACCAGUUCCGCCAACUGGAGAAGAUUAAGACCAUAGGCAGCACAUAUAUGGCAGCAUCUGGUCUGAAUGAUUCCACCUAUGACAAAGUGGGCAAGACACACAUCAAGGCUCUGGCUGAUUAUGCCAUGAAACUGAUGGACCAGAUGAAGUAUAUCAACGAGCAUUCGUUCAAUAACUUCCAGAUGAAAAUAGGACUCAACAUUGGGCCGGUGGUAGCUGGAGUGAUUGGAGCUCGCAAGCCUCAGUACGACAUCUGGGGAAAUACCGUCAAUGUAGCAAGUCGGAUGGACAGCACGGGAGUCCCAGACAGAAUUCAGGUGACUACAGAUAUGUACCAGGUCCUGUCAGCUGAAAGCUAUCGCUUGGAGUACCGGGGACUGGUCAAGGUCAAAGGCAAGGGCGAGAUGUCCACAUAUUUCCUGAACGAGGGGCCGGACAACAGUUAGCGACAACAAGCAUGGUCAUGAAGAACUCUGGCCAUCAAAUGCUCAGAAAGCCGUUGCCAUUUUCGUGAUAAUGAGGGAUGGACUGAGGACCUGCAGCGUUAACACAACUGCUGAGUGAUGUUAUCGACCCCAACAGGACACCAGACGGAGAGCUUCUCAAACACUCCCCUCUCACACCACCACCCCCCCACCCCUCCGCCAACCGACACAGACACACGAAAUUAGCAAAGGCAGCCAUCGAGCAGGAGGAGACCAUUCCGUCCCUCAAACCUGUCCCAACGCGAGUUCACGGCUGAUCUGUAUCAUAACUCUCACCACCCUGCUUGAUUCCACGUGUCGUAGGCACCAAAACUGUGAUGCCUCUGGGCAGGGUGGAAUCCUGUUGGAGAAGAUGCCCCACCUGUCACACAAGCUGAGAAAGUACACUGAAUACUAACCCUUCCAGUAACUUAAUGUGGCGGGAACAAGACACGUAUACACACGCAGCUACACACACACACACACACACACACACACACACAUGUGCAUCGACACAUAUGUAUACUUUUAGGAGACACAACAGACUGCAGAUGAUGGAAUCUGGAGCAACACAGAGUCCGCUGGAGGAACUCAGCAGGUCGAGCACCAUCUGUGGGGGGAGAGCAAUUAUCGACAUUUUGGGUCGAAACCCUGCAUCAGGACUGAGAGCGGAGAGGCAAGAUGGCCACUAUCACCUCCUUCACCUAUCAGAGUCCAGCACUGGUAUGCCUUUGUGUUCCAGCUUAUCUCCCUCCAGGAGCCGUCUCCAACCUUCACCCUCUCCUCCCCCUUCCCUGCUCCAUCUGCCUCCCUAUAUACUUUUUUCUCUCUCUGUUUGCCUGCACCUGCCACUGUUUCCCAACUCCACCCCCCACCCCCCUCCCCUCCUCUACCAGGCACAACCUCCCUGUCAUCUUACUCCCCUCCUCAGACUCCUGUCUCACCGCUCCUUCCUCCCCUUUAUACUGGCCAUCUCACCCCUCCACUCUCAUUCAGGGUUUCAACCCAAAACAUCGACAAUUCCUUUGGUAUUGUUAUUGGUAUUGGUUUAUUAUUGUCACUUGUACCGAGGUACAGUGAAAAGCUUGUCUUACAAACUGAUCGUACAGGUCAAUUCAUUACACAGUGCAGUUACAUUGAGUUAGUACAAAGUGCAUUGAUGUAGUACAGGUAAAAACACAGUAACAGUACAGAGUAAAGUGUCACAGCUACAGAGAAAGUGCAGUGCAAUAAGGUGCAAGGUCACAACAAGGUAGAUCGUGAGGUCAGAGUCCACUCAUUGUAUAAAGGAACCGUUCAAUAGUCUUAUCACAGUGGGGUAGAAGCUGUCCUUAAGUCUGGUGGUGCUUGCCCUCAGGCACCUGUAUCUUCUGCCCGAUGGAAGAGGAGAGAAGAGAGAAUGAUGCUGUUUGACCCGCUGAGUUCCUCCAGCAGAUUGUAUACUUAUAAUACUUAAACCUACUCACGGAUGCACUGACACCUAAACAUACACAUACACACACAUACACAGAUGCAGAGAGACAUAUACACAAAUACAAAUAAUUCCCACACAAGACAUAGGCUAGGCGUCAUUGGCUUAGCCAGCUUUUAUUGUUAAUGCCCUGUCCCCCUAUUACACCCCAGCAGGUGAUGGGUGAGCUGCCUUCUUGAACUGUUGUCUCUACCUAAGGUGCUCCCAUGUUGCUGCUGUCAGGAUCCAGUGAUGAUAAAAGAGUAAAUGAUAUUAUUUAAAUUCGGGGUGAACUGCUACAUGGAGGGGAACAUAGCUGGUUACUUUUUCAGUCUCCUUGUUCUACUUGGUUGUAGGGACUGUGGCUUUUGGGAGGUGCUGUUGGUGUAACCUGAGCAAGUAACUGUAGUGCUUUUAUAGAUGGUACGUAAUGCAAACGUGUGGUGGAUCCGGUGGCAAUUAAAGGGGCUACUUUGAACUGGAUGGUGUUGUGUUUCUUAAGUGCUGUUGGCAUUGCACUUAUCCAGGCAGAUGGGGAGUUUUCAGUCACACUCCUGACUUGUGCCUUGUUGAUGGUGGAAGGGCUUUGGGGUGUCAGGAGGUGAGUCAUUUGCCUCUGGACACUGAGCCUCUGGGCAGUUGUUAUUUAUGUGGCUGGUCUGGUUAAGUUCUGUUCAGUGAUAAUCCCCAGGUGAUGGUGACAAUGACGAUCCCAUUAACUGUCAAGGGGAGGUGGUUAGAUUCCCAUGUACUGGAGAUGGGAAUCGUGGUACAAAUGUCAUUUGCCAGUUAUCAGCCAUGCCUGAACACUGUCCAGGCCUCAGUACAUAUGGAUACGAACUGUCCCACUGCAUGCUGAGUUGUGAAUGAAACUGUACAUUGUGCAUCAUCAGUGAUCCUUGUUUGAUCAUGUAAUGGUGGGAAGGUCAUUGAUGUGUCUGCUGAAGUUGGUUGGGCCAAGGGCACUUCCCCAAGGAACACCUGCAGUCAGGUCCUGGGGCUGGGAUGGUUGAUUUCAAAGAACCAUUAACAUCUAACAUCUUCCUUUGUGUGAUGUGUGACUCCAGCCACUGGCGUGUUUUCCCCUUAAUGCUCAUUCACUUUAGCUUUACCAGGGUGCCUUGAUGCCACACACAUUCAAAAGCUGCCUCUGGAAUUAAGCCCUUUUGUCCAUGUGCAGACCAAAGCAGUGAUACCAGGUCUGGAGCCAAGUACAGGAAGUCCCUGGGUUACGAACGAGUUCCAUUUUUGAGACUGUUUGUAACCCGAUUUUGUGUGUAACUCGGAACAGUGUCCACGCAUGCGCACUUGGCCCGGGGAUCGCGGCCGCACAUGCGCACUUGGCCCGGGGCUGGGCCUAAGACGGUGUACCGCUGCCGUGGUAGGAUCGGGGGCCGGGCCCGCUUACCAACCAACCACGAAGGUUGGUUCGUAAGUACGGACGUUUGUAAGUUGGGGACUUCCUGUAUUCCUGGUGGAACCCAAACUGGGCAUUGGUGAGCAUGUCAUUAGCAACUACUGCUUAAUAGUCUGCUGAUGACACCCCACGUCAUUCUGCCAAUGACUGAGAGUAAAUUAAUGGCACAGGGAUUUUCCAGGUUGUAUUUGUCCUGCUUUUAUGUAGACUGGCCUUACAGGACAAUUUUUCACUUUGUUGGGUAGUCACCCAUGUUUGUGGCGGAACAGAUUGGCUGGAGGUGUGACUAAUUCUGGGGCCCAAGUCUUUAAGCCCUAUAGCUGGUGCCAUACCCUUGGUGUCCAGAGCUGCCAGCCAGUUGUUGAUGUUACUACUUGGGCCAAAGACUAGUUUCUGUGAUGGACAGAAGGAGCACAUACAUGUACCCAAACUCACACAGAUAUACAUAGACACAAACAUGCACACAUACACCCACACAUACAAACACUCGGAUGGCCCAGCCUAUACCACUGUGACAUUACUACACACCUGCCCAAUUAAAAUAAGCCCAGGUUUCAUCCUACAUGGGUGAAGCUGGUCUGUUUGCCGGCAGUUAACUCCACUUGUUCAACCAACCAUUGCUGCUCUCUCAGUAGCCCAGACUCUGGAGGUAAAGAGACUGUUCUAUUCAUCAGGUUGAUCUCUGUGUAAAGGGAAACCAUCCCUCUGUAGUAGACAAGGAUAGGGGUGUGGGCAAUGGGGUGUUGGUGGGGGAGAAUGAAACACUUUCAAAUCUACCACCUUUUUUUAAAAGAAUUUGUAAUAUUACUGCGAGUUUAGCAGAGAACUAGAAUUCUAUAUUUUGUAAAGGUAACAGCGAAUGCUGCGUACACCAGUGUAUAUUAUUCUGAUGUAUUAAUGCCAUUACAAGCACCAACUACAGCACCCUCUCUGUGUAAUACACUCUGUCUCUUCCAGCUACGCACUCAUCUUGAUUUGCAAUAAGGCUUUGUUGCAUGCAGAACCCAACGAUCGUCCCCACCCUCUCCUGUGCCACUCGCACUACCACCCCAAGCCCUCUCCCCCUUGCUUCGCAGAACCCCUCCCUUUCUCCUUCCUCCCAUAUUCUUCCCUACGUUCUUGAAACAAUAUCUGGUUCCAUGGGCCGAUGAACUGCAGCAUUACGAGCACUGUAUGAGCAGUCUGCGAGCAGGGAUCAGCUACAUUUGGCCAACAGAGAGGGUCAGUUAUGGGUCUGUGACAGCUGGAAUGUAAUUGGUAAGAUAAACUUCAGUGAAUUAUAAGAGGGAAAUGCACUUUUUUAAUCCACAUCUUGCAGACAUUAUGGUAAUUUCCCAUGGAAAUUGA